AGGAAGUGAGUCCAGGAUCUCUCUCUCUUCCGCCUAGAAUCACUUCUGGCCCUGUAAAGCAGUUACACUGUUGCUUGGGGAAACAUGGCCACUGCCGGGGAUUCGAGAGUAGAGCUUCAGAAGGAAUUAGUCUGUUCUAUUUGCCUCGAUUACUUCGACGACCCCGUCAUUUUAAAAUGCGGCCACAAUUUUUGCCGCAUGUGCAUUUUGAUGCACUGGGAGGAAAAUGGAGGCGAUGAUGUGGGUUACCAGUGUCCGGAGUGCAGGAUGGUGUUCGUGAAAAUGAGUUUCACCAAGAACUACCUGGUUAAGAACUUAGUGGAUAAACUGAGCGACUUCGACUAUCUGAAGACGUGUAGGCCCUCUGCACCCGCGAAACCCGUGAAAAUGGACGGGAAAUGUGAGCGACACCACGAGGAGCUCAAACUGUACUGCCACACGGACAGGAAGCCCAUCUGCGUGGUGUGUCGGGAGUCCAGAGCCCACAGACACCAUGAUGUUGCUCCUGUACCCGAGGUUGUUGAAGACAUGAAGAGUGAGCUGAAGCUGAGACUCAUCAAGCUGAACUGGCAGAAGUCCAUGUGUACGAGAGCAAAGAGCACAGACGAGCAGGCCAAAACUGAUGUCAAGCUCAAAAAACAAGCCUUGAAGGAGAAGAUCGAAGAUGAUGUUGGUGCCCUGGUUCAGUUUUUGUUGGAUGAGAAGGAUGAUCUGUUGGAAAGGUUGGAGGUCGAAGCGGAAGCCACUAUCGGGCUGAUCGAUGCCAACCUGAAGCGGGUGGAGAGCGAGGCAGCCAAAGUGGACAAAGCCAUCACUGAAAUUCAAAACCAGCUAUGUGACAGCGCUAACUUCGAGAGUAUCAGUAAUUCAUACUUAAGCUCCUGUCACGUAAACCUCAGCGUCCAGGCCCUUAACUCUCCUCCAGAUUUCUCAGAGUUCACAGGCCCCUUUCAGCUCAUCAUGUGGAAGAAGAUGAUGCACGUGUUACACACAAUGCCUCAAAAUCUGACUCUGGAUUUAGACACGGCUCACCCCUCAUUGGCCAUCAGCGACUUUGACACCAAAGUGGAGGAGGGCCGCAUGCGUUCCCAGGAGCCCGACAUGCCGCAGCGUUUCACCCGUUUCUUCGGGGUGCUCGCUACCGCCCAGUAUUCCAGCGGGCAGCACUACUGGGAGGUGGACGUACGGGACAAGGGGGUCUGGUAUCUGGGCGUCACCACUGAGUACAGCAACCGCAAAGGUUUUGUAAACCUAUCACCCUCUGCUGGCUACUGGAGCCUGUGUCUUCAAGACCGACUGUACGCCAACGAGGAAGACUCGCGUGUGCCCGUGGCGGACUAUUGGAACUCUCCUCGUGUCGGUAUCUUCUUAGAUUACGACCGGGGCCACGUUACUUUCUUCGACGCCGUCACUAUGAAACGCAUCUAUAACUUUGUCACAUACUUUGACGAGCCCGUCUCGCCCUUCUUCAGCCCAGGGAAAAACGACCCAGGCAGCCGACUACAAAUAUGUCAUUUCUACUGAAAAUGAAGCGAUGCGUACGUGCAGUUCGCAACAAAGAAAACAAAUAAUGAUAAAUGCUCCUGUUGUUGUGUUUUGGUAAACAUUUCAGGGCAUUUUCCCUUCUAGAAGUAGGGAGGACAAUUGUUCCUAAGCUCUGCUGGGUUUUUGGAUUCAGUUGAUCUGAAUUUACUAGUUGCGUAGAGCUUUGAUAUACACCAUAAUCUGAAGGAGUCAACUGAAUUUCUUUUGCUCUUGAAUUGUGAUGUAGCCCCACUGAAAUUCAGGUAGAGAGGCAUUGCAGGUUUUUACGCAAAUGUCGACUUUAGCUGCUCUGUGUCAUCUUAUGUCUUAGACUUCAGUGUUGUCUUUUGUACAAUAGUGUAGAGGUGAAAAUAAGGAUUGAAUCAGGUGAAAAAUGGAUUAAUGUUUGAUAACAUUCCGUCAAAAUUCAUCAAAUGAUUUGGAAAAAAAAAUCAUGUUUCCCCCGUUACAUUUUUUACGUACUUCUUGGCACAGUUUUAUCUGUAAAAGAUGUAUUUGUUAGACAAAUUACCCCGUAAUGUAAUGAGAGUGUUACAUAAGGCUCCAUGUUCAACAUUUCGUAACAGCUCAGACUGCAAUAGGUGCUAUGCAACUUCGAAAACGACAACGUAGAUCAGAUGAGCUGUGAGGAGUGUCCUUCUGUUUAUUUAAUUAUGUUGAGAUUCAUUUUUAUAAAGGAGUACAUCCGGAAGCUGUGUGCCGUUCAUGUUACAUAAUUUCAAAGUCAAUUUCAAAUCCAUUAUAUUAAGUAUUUUAAUCUCUUUUGUUUUAGCUGUCUAAUCUGUCUCGUGGGCUGAUGAUAAAGAGAGACAAUGUUUUUGUUUCUGUUUGGACUGAAACAAGCACAAAGUGACGUUUCAGCACUUUUGGACUGAGCUCAGAUGGUUUGUUGUUCUUGUUGCUAUUUACAGAAUUAGUUUAUAUACUAGAAUCACUGCAGUCAUUUGUACAAAAUGUUGUUUGAGCAGAGAAAGGAACCGGAUGUUUUGUACAUAUGCUCUGAAAAUGAACACUUUGCGUUGCCCAGCUAUGAACUAAGUUUCAGUUAACAUUUAUAGUACUUUAUUAAUCUCUAUAAGAAAUUAGUUCAACUUGAACACAUUGACUGUAUUUAUUUAUUUUUUGGAUUCCUUUCAAUCUCUGAUGUAAGAACUGCUACAUCACAUAACUGCUGGAUGGCAUCACAAGUACAUUUUACUUUUAUGUGACUUGUUAAAAACCACUGCGAUGUUAAAUGUUUUUCUCUGCAGUAAUAGUCAUUUUAAAAAUAAAAUAUUACAAUGA